CAGGAACCAUUUUUAGCUUUCCUGUUGUGAAGGGAUCAAGGAAUUGGUGACAUCACAACCUGGGAGAGCAGUCCAUGUAAUGCCUCAUGGAGCUGGGGACACACCACCUGCUGUGGACCAAGGAGCUUCAUCCAUACUGGCUUCCAAGCAGACAGCCAUAAAGGGCAGAAAACUUAGCUACCCUGCAGUUGUUUUUCCUCUGCCCUUUUCCUAAGUCACCUCUUCCUUCCCCAAGGAGAAACCACUCCACUGUUGGAGAGUAACGACAUGAUUGGCAAGCUGAAACAGAACCUGCUGGUGGCCUGCCUGGUCAUCAGCUCGGUCACCGUCUUUUACCUUGGCCGGCAUGCAAUGGACUGUCACCAUCGCUCUGAGGAGCGCAGCCAUCCAGGAGGAGUCCUGCCUCUGUCCGCACUGGGAGGCAGCAUGCGGACCACCUUACGGACAGGCCAGAAUCUCAGCACACCGUUUGUUUACAACAAAGACAUGCCACUGAUUUUUAUAGGGGGUGUGCCCAGAAGCGGUACCACACUGAUGAGAGCAAUGUUAGAUGCCCACCCUGAGGUGCGCUGUGGAGAGGAGACACGCGUCAUUCCCCGCAUCCUGGCCAUGAAACAAAUGUGGAGCCGUUCAGGACGCGAGAAGAUGCGCCUGGAUGAGGCUGGUGUAACAGAUGAGGUGCUGGACGCUGCCAUGCAGGCCUUCCUACUGGAAAUCAUUGUCAAACAUGGCGAGCCGGCAAACUUCCUCUGCAAUAAGGACCCGUUUGCACUGAAGUCGCUCUCCUACCUGGCCAAGAUUUUCCCACGUGCCAAGUUUGUGCUUAUGAUUCGUGAUGGGAGGGCAUCGGUUCACUCCAUGAUCUCACGGAAAGUGACCAUUGCAGGAUUUGACCUGGGCAGCUAUCGCGACUGCCUGACCAAGUGGAAUCGGGCGAUAGAAACUAUGUACACUCAGUGCUUGGAGGCAGUGGACAAGUGCCUACCUAUGCACUAUGAACAGUUGGUCCUCCAUCCUGAGAAAUGGAUGCAGACACUGUUGAAGUUCCUAGAAGUUCCUUGGAAUGAUGCUGUCCUUCACCAUGAGGAGCUUAUUGGGAAAGCAGGGGGAGUUUCCCUUUCCAGGUAAGUACUACCAGCCAGCUUUUAGUUUAGUCUAACGUCACCUGUGAUGCCAUAUUAAAUAGUUGUAGUUUUGAAGAAAUGAAAACUAGGGAAGGCUGUUGGCUUCUUGGUGGUGGCAGCAGUUUAAAAUCGAGGUAGACAGGUUAGCAGCCCAUGCUCUCUGAUACAAAUUUACAAAUUCCAUGUUUCCAGGUCUCUAUAUUGGCUCCAGGCACUGAAAUGUUAAAUGACGAUUCAGUGGCUAAAUUGUUAAAUGAAGAGAAAAUGAGUCAGUUUCUCGUCAGUUUUUCUCUGUGGACAUUUGGUUACUCCAUCCGUUUGGAAUGCAGCCUCUGGAAGCCAUCUGCUGUGGCUACAUAUCAACUCAUACCCACAGCUUUCACUUUAAUUUGGAGCUGAAGUGAUUAAUCAAACUAAUCUCGAUGAGUCAGUUACUAAAAUAAUCAUCAACUAAUUUAAUACAACACAAUACAACUUUAUUUAUAAAGCCAUCUAAAUCAGCACCAUUGGCCAAAGUGCUAUACAGCAAAUGCAGACAAAAACUAACAUAAAAACAACAGCAAUUAAAACAUUGAAAACAAUUAAUUAACUGGAGUAAACGGCCUCAUAAAAGGCCAUUUGCUAGGAGAACAACAUAAAUUAAUGAUCAAUAAUUAAGUGAAAACUGUAAAAACAUUAAACAUAAUAUAUGAUAUAUGUAUAAAAAAGCAUUUAUCUUUAAAUAUGCUCACCCAAAAGUCCUUAGUGGCAGUUACAUUACAUGUAUGUGUUUUCCCAGAUCCACCUGAACUUCCAUCAUUUGAUUUGAGUUGGAAUGGAGUCAUUUUGUUGAGAGAAGCCUUGUCAUUAGUGACCUGAAACAUAUGUUUUGUAAGCAUUGCUGUUCUGAAGGCAGGAUCUCCUUUCAGGAUGGCUUCAGGAGGUCACGUUAUGGAAAUUGUUGACACACUGAAAGGGGUUCAACCUUGCUUCUUUUCCACCCAAACCCUUCCAGAAACUCCCUUUUCCUUCCACGUAGUACUAGAAAAAUCCCACAUAUCCUUCAGAGGCAUUUAGUUUGCAUUUUUAUAGUGUGCAGAUGAAAUCAGCCAUGGUUUUUAUUAAAAUCUGCUGCACCCAUUCAUCACUUUUCCCUCUGAGUGUCUCUGCCAAUAACCGGAACUCCUGAGUAAAUCCUUUACUUAUCUUGUAAAAAAAUUAUAAACAUGCAUAACUCAUUGAGUUAAUUAUUAUGAA